AUGGAUGAAAAUUCUUCUCUACGAUUCUGUUCAAAGGAUGAAAUACUUAGUAAUAAAAGUGAAGAAAUUAGUCAAAAUGAAACCUAUCAUGUUCCUGAUGAAUAUAAUAUUAUUACAAUCAAUUUUAGUGAUGAUAAAGAAGACCAUAAUACAAUUAUUAAAGAAGAUGCAAUUAUUGAAAAAGAUGAAGAA